AUGUCUUCGCGAAAAUUCCUCAGAUCAAUUGUCCUUCCAAACCUUUCCUACUCCUAUACACCUUCAGCCGGAAUGCCUCCAGACCCACUGGCUGCACAAAUUGAUUUCCGAACGUUCAUCGACGUUCUUCGUAGUGAUGGCGACCUAGUUGAGAUCGAUCGUCAGGUAGAUCCACAUUUGGAGGUGGCAGCAAUUGUUCGAAGGGUAAGUGAAGUUAACGGCAAAGCACCACUCUUCAACAAUGUGAAAGGCGCCAAAAAUGGCCUAUGGAGGAUGUUUGGGAAUGCAGCCAGCCUGAGAAAGAAUGAGGCGGAGAGGUACGGGCGACUAGCAAGAAACUUAGGACUGCCAACAAAUGCCAGCUGGAAGGAAAUAGGAGAGAAAACUCAGGCUGCCAAAAAAGCCACACCAUUGAAACCGAAUGUUCUGCCAACUGGGCCUUGCAAGGAAAACAGGCUAUCGGGCGACGAGAUCGAUCUACAUCAGCUACCAGCUCCUUAUCUGCACGUUGGAGAUGGCGGGAAAUACCUACAAACGUAUGGUGUCCAUGUCCUCCAGACACCCGAUGGCUCGUGGACGAACUGGUCUAUCUUUCGAGGAAUGAUUCACGACAAUAAGCAUCUUGUGUGCUUGGUUGGUAAGGGACAGCAUAACCAAAUCAUCCGUGAGAAGUGGAGAGACGCAGGCAAAACCGAAAUUCCUUGGGCACUUGCCUUCGGCGUACCCCCAGCUGCAAAUUUUGUGGCUGCUCUCCCUAUUCCAGAAAACGUCUCGGAAAGCGAGUACGUGGGAGCAAUGACAGGGAGGCCACUGGACCUCGUGAAAUGUGAACUAAGCGACCUGCUGGUACCAGCAAAUAGCGAGAUCGUGUUCGAGGGGGUGACUUACCUAGAUCAGAGCAAGCAGGGAGAUGAAGGUCCUUUCGGAGACUACCUUGGACUGGUGUGCGACGACGACAGGCACUCCAUGCCCUUAUUUCGAGUAGAUUUGAUCACUCACAGAGACGAUGCAAUCAUGCCAAUCUCAGUACCGGGGAGAAUCACGGAUGAGUCGCAUACCACAGGAGCUCUUGCCGCAGUUGAGCUCCUCUCGUUUUGCAAAAAGCACGAUUUGCCGAUAAUAGACGCAAAUGCACCUUUAGAGACACAUGGAACUUGGUGCGCACUUACAGUCGACACCGAAAGAUUACGCUCGCUCAAGACAAAUUCUCAGGACUUUUGCCAGAAGCUGGGGAGUAUUGUAUUCAACAACAAGAGCGCAAUGUUGAUUAACAGAAUUAUCCUUAUUGGAGAAGACGUGAACAUCUAUGAUCUAAAAGAUAUAAUUUGGGCAUUGGCAACAAGGUGCCGGCCUGGCCUUGACGAAUUUGUAUUCGAGGAUGUUCCUGGAUUCCCAUUAACACCCUACAUGGCCUACGGAAGAGGUGAUUCAAAACGCGGGGGUAAAAUGAUUCAAGAUUGCGUGAUGAAGGCUGAAUACGAAACCGGCAGGCCUUUCACCAAGGUCGAUUUUGAGACUUCGUACCCGGAAGACGUGAAGGCGAAGGUUAGAUCUACUUGGCGAGAAAUGGGUUUCGACGAGCCCUGA